AAUGGAUUGUUUUGGAACGGUGCGGUUGAUGUCUCGUUGAAAUAUUACAUUUUGGAGUUUUAUUACACAUACCAAAGUCAUUGCUCUCAACACUCAAAGGGUUCUUAAGAUCUGGGAAAGAUUGUGCAUGCACAAUGCAACAUCUGAAGAGAAUAUGACACACCAGCGUUCAGUUUGCUUGAAACAGUUUGAUUUUGUUUCAAAACUUCGACGACAUCAGCUAACACAUUCUGGACAGAGACCCUUUACUUGUUCUGUGUGUAGAAAGGCGUUUCGACAGUCAACUCAUUUGAAGAGACACCUGGAGAGUCACAUGAAGCUUAGAGAUGCUUCACUGUAUACUUCAAAAGAUUCCCAGGUGACCUGCAUAAACUCUGAGGGAAGUUAUGGCCUUCAUCUUGGACCGCAGGCGACCAUUUCAGAUCAGACUGAGAUAUCAGAGAACAACCUGGUUGAACAAAAUAUAUGGUACAAUGCUGUGUUGACACGGAGUGACAAUGAAUGGAAGCAAGUGCCAGUUGAGAACCAUGUAAGAGAUCACGGACACUCCCUCUCAAUGAGCCCUCAUACCCAGCAGCAAAACUAUGCUGAGGGUCGUAUUGCAGAGAAGCAGAUGUCUGACUUUGUACAAUGGAAUUACAGUGAGCUCACUGACAUGGCCGAAGCAGAGAAUGAUUGCCCUGAGAAAGACCAGUGUUCUGAGUCAAACAGAACUCCAGACCGCAUCCAACCUGGAUUAAGUAUUGAAAAACGGGAGCAGCCCAGUAUAAUUUGCAGUUAUGAUGUGCAAUCAGAGAGCAUGACGAGUGGUUCUUACAAAAACAUAGCACCGGCAAAGAUGGACAAAAUGACGAAACCCCACCAGUGUUCUGUGUGCAUGAAAGUGUUUUCUGCACCUUCAAAGCUUAGGCGGCACAUGCUGAUUCAUACGAGUCAGAGGCCUUUUGGCUGUCAGUUAUGCACCAAAGCUUUUCGUCAGCUAACCCAUUUGAAAAUUCACAUGACGACUCAUUUUUCACAGAGAAAAAUCAAAGUGAAAAGUAAAUCAGAGAAUGUUGAUAUCAGUAGCAUCUCUCAGUAUCAGGGUCAUCCACUCAUACUCAGUACGAGCAUGAGUACACAGCAGCCUUUAAAGGGACAGUGGUCUGAAGAAAAUGAAGCUCUUGAGGAUGAUUCGGCAGUGACCCCAACAAAAGAAAAUGGCACAAAUGUGGAGUUAUUUUCUAAAGAUGCUGAAAUGGUGAAGUUAAACAAUCUAAAUGUCAUAGAAAAAUUGAGUAAAAGUAAAAUAGUGCAUGAAUGCCCCCUGUGCCUCAAGUGCUUCAGUGCCCCAUCCAAACUAAGAAGGCACUGUCUUAUUCACACAGGUCAGAGACCCUUCCAGUGUUCUUUAUGCUGCCGUGCAUUUAGGCAGCGGGCCCAUCUGAAAGCACAUUACAGUGUUCACAUUGUUCCCAGGAAAAAAAGGACUUCUUCACUUCAGCUGCAUAGAUUCAUCAGUCAGACACAGACCUGUUCCAAUCAGGCAUCGAAGGCUAAGCUAAAACACUUUGUAUGCAACAGUCUCAGCAGAAAGUUAAGAUCAGCAAAACACUUGACUCUCCACCAACCAAAGCAAGUCAACUCAGUUGAUAAGCUCAAAGCAGCCCCAGCUGCCAUGAAUAAGGGUGUUAAUUUGUCACCUGUUGGAACAAAUGACAAAACUGUUUUAGGACAGGGUUCAGGUUAUAAGUAUACAGGAACCAGAGACAACAGCAAACAAGGGCACUGCUGCACAGUGUGCUUAAAAUGCUUUAGUGCACCAUCGAAACUCAGGCGUCAUAUUCUGGUCCACACAGGGCAAAGGCCCUUCAAAUGCCUGGUGUGCUGCAGGGCGUUCACACAGAGAUCCCACUUAAAGGUUCACAGAUGUAAAGGAGAAAGCAGAGGAAUAUUUAAUUGUACUUUAAGUCAGAAGAAAGUAGACAGACAGGGCCUUCAAGACUCCAAUGCUAUCCCAAGUAUCUCAGAGGUCAUUGUGAGUGGUGAGGAGCCCUUUAUAUGUGACAGCAGAGAGGGAGAUGCUACAGACGAUAUAGCUGAUAGUUCAGCCAGCUAUACAGCACCUCCAAAAUGUAUGCCAGGAGAUCUUGCACCUCUCCCAUAUAGAGCCAUACCCAGUGAAAAUUUGGCCUGUUCUGCAUUUGAAACUUCUCACCACACAGACAUAACGAAUCAAACUAAAGAAUGUGGCCACCAAUGCACAACAUGCAUGAAAAUAUUUGACUUCCCUUCCAAACUCUUAAGACAUUCACUAAUUCACAUGGAAGUGAAGCCAUUCACAUGCACAAUCUGUAGUAAGUCAUUUAGACAGCUUUGCCAUUUACAGAACCACCUGAAAGUUCACACAUUUAAAAGAAAAAUGUGUCAAGGGACUUACAAACGAACUGCUAAUUUGAAGGCUACAGCUGUCCCUAUGACAUCAGAGCUUUUGAAUGAGAUAAAUAACUGCUCACAAGACUCAGAAAACUUUACAGUUCCACAGAAAGCUGAUCCAGACUGUAUGUUUGUGAAAAGCAGUGAAGAUCAAGCACUGAUAAAUGAUGACAUAUCCCAUUCCCACACUGUAGAGGGAGUUCCCACACCUCUGCCAUGUCCACAAGAUACAGAGACCACCAGCUUUCCAGGAGAAGUCAGAAGGGACUGUAGAGAACAGUACACAGUUCCCUCUGCUGAGCUUUUGUCUGAAAACUCAUCCAAACAAAAAGAGAGAAAUAAGAAUCAGUGUAUGUUUUGUCUGAAAACGUUUGACUUUCCCUCAAAGCUUUCUCGACACCUGCUGAGUCACACAGGGAUCAGACCUUUUGAAUGUCAGAUUUGUUACAAGUCAUUCAAGCAGCUCAGUCAUCUACAGUGUCACCAGUGGGUCCACAGUAGAAAAGACAGAACUAUGAUCGUAGGUAACUUGUUGAAACAUCAGAAUUCUGUCUCUUCUGCUUGUGGGACUGUGUCUGGUGCUUGCACAUACACACAGCAAGUUCAUCAUCAGGAGUGCAGUUCUCAAGAAUUUGAUGCAAGUAAUCAGUGCAGUGAAUGUAUUGCUUCCAGUUCAAAUACUGCAAACAGCAAGAUCAAGACAGAAACGAAUGUUCAAGGGGAUAGAUUUAUUCACCCCACAUUCAAACAUGAAGCAGACACCUCUAUGAGUCUAGUGUUGGAUGGUCUGGAACAAGAAAUGGUCCAGUCAAUUGAUCCUGGUCAAUAUGAGCAAAGAUUGGAGAGGAAGAAUUCACAGGGGAACCACUGUUGUGUUCCUGAAGACGGUUCCAAUAGAUCUCCUGCAGACUCUGACUGUGGCAGAGUGGGCUUCAGUUAUGACCAGCCAGAGCAAACAUGGCUCAGAGGGCCUAAAGAGGAAACUGCUGAGGAAGGUUCGGGUAAACACAUCACAGAGCCUCCAAAUGACCUUCCUAUCUGUCCAGUCUGCAGCUGCUGCUUUGCCACACUAAAGAAACUACACACACACAAAUGUCCAGUCCAGUGUCCUGAAAAGAGACUCAGGAAGUCCUAUCAGUGUGCAGUUUGUUUCAAAAGCUUUGAAGCUCCAUCUAAACUAAAGAGGCACUAUGUGAUUCACACAGGCCAGAGGCCAUUCCAGUGCAGUGUGUGUGAUCGAGCCUUCACCCAGUCAGGGCAUCUAAAAACACAUAUGUUGUCCCACAGGUAACAGUUCUGUACUGUUCAUAAGGGCUUGCUUGCAACUUUGUGUACAUUCACAGUCUACUGGGUCAUGGACAACUACAUAUCCCUCUUAGGCUAGAUUACAGAAGCAGUGGACAUUUGUGUUAUUGUUGUUGUUUAACUUUUGUUUUUUAAUUUUAUCAGAUACUUUUAAUUUUUAAUCUAAAUGAUGUUAAUUUAUUACCUUUUGGAUGUUAUGCUUUGUUUAUAAUAUAUGCUUGGAUGGUAUACAAAAUUGAAAUCUUUUUAGAUCAUAAUUUAAAUAUCUUUGAUUCAUAUUUGAGAUAUAAUGACUUGGAUACUUUGUGAAGUUGUUGUGGAUAAUAGAAAUAAAUCAAUAGUAAAUGCCAGACAUGUAAUCAUAAUUAUAAUUUGUGGGCUUUUGUUUACUUUGGCCCAUGAAGUUCCAUCCUUAUGCACUAGAGGGCACAAAAUGUCUUUCUAAACAAAUUUUUUAACUGGAAGCAAAAACAGCUCACCUGAACCUAACUCAUGGGUUGGUGAUAAUGGGUGAUAAUAUUCAAACUUGGGUAUGUUAUUUUCAGAUUAUUUAAAAAAAAAGGGGGGGGGGGGUCUGUAUUUAUGACUGAAUUUAACACUUCAUAACUAAUUUCAUGCUCGACCUGCAACACCAUGGUACUGUAUUCCAUUUGUGAUUUCUUUCCAGUCUCUGAUGUAUGUUUUGAUAUAAAAGUUAAUAUAAAAAAUAUGGUAUAUGUCAAAUGUCUUUCUAUAUUCUUCAAGUAUUACAUGCCUACAUGAUUAUUUUUAUUACUAAUGUUUAACUUUUACCCUAAGAUAUCUUUAAGGACUGCUGUGCCUGUAAAGGCUGGCUAAUAAAACUUGGGGUUUAGGUAAUAAAUUGUCAUCUCUGAUGCACAACUUUAUGGUAUUGUAACUGAUUGUAGCUGCUCUGUAUGGUUGUCUCUAAUGUACAGAUUUUUACCAGGGUGUGGAGUCAUGAAAGUCUGCCAGUUUCAGAGGGCUCUAGUAGCAUGACAAAUCAAUCUCUGGUUGAUUUUAUAAAU